AUGGGAGAGAAGAACGGACUGCGAAGAGCCUACCUCGACAGUCUAAAUGAUGCAAACAAGGCGGCCUUCUACCACUGUCGCCAGAAAUGCAAGACUGAGGAAAUCCGGGGGUAUGUCGGCAGCAAUGGAACGAAGAACUUUUUGAUGCAAUCAAGAAGAUUUAUGGCCCCCCAAAGAAAGGAACCAAGCCACUUCUCAGCUCAGAUAGUUCAACGCUUCUGACGAAAAAGUCGCUGAUCGAGCACCUUAGAAGCGUCCUCAACCAUCCCCCAAGAUCUCUGACGCAACCAUCGUCCGGCUCCCCCAAGUUGAAAUCAACAUCGACCGGGAUCCGCCACCCUCCCUUCCAGAAGCCAUUCGCGCCGGGCUCCAUCGAGAAAGCGUCGGGCUCCGGUGCCAUCCCAGCCAAAAUCUACAUGUACGGCGACCACCGACUGGUGGAGCAACUCACAGCGCUUUUCCAGAUGUGGCGACAAGGACAGGUCCUUAAGGACUUGAAGGACGCGACCAUCAUCCACCUCUAAAAACGCAUAGAAAACCGGCACCUCUGUGAUAACCACGGAGGCAUCUUGCUACCCAGAGCCGCCGGGAAGAUCUUCGUUCGCCCUCUCCUCAAUCGUCUCAUCAGCCACCUUGAGCCUGGACUACUGCCGGAAAGCCAAUGUGGCUUCCAACGACACCACGGGACCACCAGCAUGGUCUUUGUUGCUCGCCAGCUAUAAGAAGUCCUAAGAGGUAAGUACCCACCUCUACACUACUCUCAUGGACUUGACGAAGGCCUUUGACACGUUGAAUCGCGAGGGAUUGUGGAAAAUCGUGGAGAAAUUCGGCUGCUCUGUACGAUUCACGCCCAAGAUAUGCCAGCUCCACGGCGGGAUGAUGACGUACUUCACUGACAACGGCGCAAUCUCCGAGGCAUUCCCAGUGAGAAAUGGAGUGAAGCAGGGCUGCGCACUCGCUCUUGCCCUCUUUAGCCUCAUGUUCUUUGCCAUGCGGAUGGACGCCUACCAUGUUGAGUGCCCUGAGAUACGCAUCGCCCACAGAACUGAUAGGCCUCUUCUCGACAGCAGGCGUAUGAAGUCCUAACGCGACUAGUUACGACUACAGUUCACGACCUGCUCUUCGUUGGCGACUGCGCGCUCAACACCACGACCUAAGUAGACGUGAGACGGAGCAUGGAACACUUCACCGCCGGGUGUACCAACUUCGGUCCGACAAUCAACGAGGGCAAAACGGUGGUCAUGCGCCAGCCAUCACCGAACGCUGAAUACAACUCUCCUCGAAUCACCGUCAACGGCAACCGACACAAAACCGUGAACAACUUCGCUUACCUAGAAAGCACACAUUCCUGCAGCACAAGGAUCGACGACAAAAUGACCCACCGGAUCUCCAAAGCGAGCCAAAAGGUGUACAAGGUCGACGUCUUGACGACCCUCCUGUACGGAGCGGAGACAUGGGCCGUCUGAGCGACCUAUGCCAGGAAGCUCAACCGCUUCCAGCCAAACUGCCUUCUCAGAAUACUGAAGCUGCGAUUGCAGGACAGGAUCCCGUACCCGGAAUCCUCAGCAUCCACGUCAUGCUGAGGCAAAUGCAAUUGCGGUAG